AUGGUCGGGCCACCUACUCCUCCUCCAACUACUGCCGCAGAACUUCGCGAUGAGGCUCGAACGGCGGCGUCUACCACUCACCCAGCCACCACCGCACCUUCCACAGCAUCUCAGCCUCGACCUGAUAACUUUCAGUACAGAUUUCCCGCAAUUGUCGAAGCAACUUCCAAGAAAGACUACAAACGAUUGAUUCAGAUAGCCGAAGAAACUGACCUGAAUGCAAAUGGUGACCGACAGCCAACACGUCUGCUGAUAAUAGCGCCUCUCGUUCUCGCGUAUUUGAUCUUAGACGAUCUUGCUCCUGCUCGGUAUGUUUUGGCAAGGCUACCCGAAAAUCUUGCAUCCCUGCCUUUGACGAAAUCGUUGGCGGGACUUGCUGUGUCGAGCGUAAACAGGCAGCAUGGUAAAGUGUAUGCUCAAGCUGAACACAUCUUCAGUCUUGUUGCCCAGCCAGAUUUCAUCGACAGAGAACUGGCGUCGGUGCUGGCGAGUUUGAUUACGGCGUUCGUGGCCGAGUUUCGCCACAGAACUUUUCUCCUUCUCUCCAAGGCAUACACGUCUCUGCCGCUAUCUCUCGCGCAAACAUAUAUCGGAUUGACCGCUAAAGAGAUUAUUACUGAAUCUGACAAAUUCGGAUGGGUGUACGACCCCUCCACACAGAUGCUCCAACCAUAUUCAAAGGCCGAGCCUUCCAACAAGUCAACCAUCACAACAACCCCGUCAUCCCUCUCUACCUUCCACCUCGUAGCGGACAGUGUAGGCAAACUUGAGUUUUGA